AUGAGCCAGGACAGCAAAGUGAAGACAACAGAAUCCAGUCCCCCUGCCCCCUCCACGACCAGGAAGAGGCUACCUGUCCUGGAUCCCUCAGGAGAUUACUACUACUGGUGGCUGAACACGAUGGUCUUCCCAGUCAUGUAUAACCUCAUCAUCGUUGUGUGCAGAGCCUGCUUUCCAGACUUGCAGCAUGGUUAUCUGGUGGCCUGGUUCGUCCUGGACUAUACCAGUGAUCUGCUGUACCUGCUGGACAUUGCAGUACAUUUCCACACAGGAUUCUUAGACCAAGGCAUCCUGGUAGUGGACAAGGGUAGGAUCGCCAGUCGCUAUGUUCGCACAUGGGGCUUUGUGCUGGACCUGGCUUCCCUGAUCCCUACCGACCUGGCCUACAUGCAGCUAGGCCCGCACAUACCCACACUGAGGCUGAAUCGCUUUCUUCGGGUGCCCCGCCUCUUUGAGGCCUUUGACCGCACAGAGACCCGCACAGCUUACCCAAACGCCUUCCGCAUCACCAAGCUGAUGCUCUACAUCUUCGUGGUCAUCCAUUGGAACAGCUGCCUGUACUUUGCCCUGUCCCAGUACCUGGGCUUUGGGCGUGACGCCUGGGUAUACCCAGACCCAGCACAACCUGGCUUUGAGCGCCUGCGGCGCCAGUAUCUCUACAGCUUUUAUUUCUCCACCCUGAUCCUGACUACUGUGGGUGAUACGCCACUGCCAGCCCGGGAGGAAGAGUAUCUCUUCAUGGUGGGUGACUUCUUGCUGGCUGUCAUGGGUUUUGCCACCAUCAUGGGUAGCAUGAGUUCUGUCAUCUACAAUAUGAACACUGCAGAUGCGGCUUUCUACCCAGAUCAUGCACUAGUAAAGAAGUACAUGAAGCUACACCGAGUCAACCGCAGACUGGAGCGACGCGUUAUUGACUGGUAUCAACAUCUGCAGAUCAACAAGAAGAUGACCAAUGAGGUGGCCAUCUUACAGCACUUGCCUGAGCGGCUUCGGGCAGAGGUGGCUGUGUCGGUGCAUCUGUCCACUCUGAGCCGGGUACAGAUCUUCCAGAACUGUGAGGCGAGCCUGCUGGAGGAGCUGGUGCUGAAGCUGCAGCCACAGACAUACUCACCUGGUGAAUACGUCUGUCGCAAGGGGGACAUUGGCCGAGAGAUGUACAUCAUCCGCGAGGGGCAGCUGGCUGUGGUAGCAGACGACGGCGUCACACAGUAUGCUGUGCUUGGGGCCGGGCUGUACUUCGGGGAGAUCAGCAUCAUCAACAUCAAAGGGAACAUGUCUGGGAACCGCCGCACAGCUAACAUCAAGAGCCUAGGCUAUUCAGACCUGUUUUGCUUGAGCAAAGAGGACCUUCGUGAGGUGCUCAGUGAAUAUCCACAAGCCCAGACUGUCAUGGAGGAGAAGGGCCGUGAGAUCCUGCUCAAAAUGAACAAACUGGACGUGAAUGCUGAGGCAGCUGAGAUCGCCCUGCAGGAGGCCACAGAGUCCAGACUGAGGGGCCUUGACCAGCAGCUUGAUGAUCUGCAGACCAAGUUUGCUCGCCUAUUGGCUGAGCUGGAGUCCAGUGCACUCAAGAUUGCCUACCGAAUAGAAAGGCUGGAGUGGCAGACUCGAGAGUGGCCAGUACCCCAGGACCUGGUCGAGGCUGAUAUUGACAGUGAGCCUGAAGAGGGAACUUCCAAAGAUGGAGGUGGUACAGCUGACCAAGAGGGACUCCCAGGUCCAGUAUGACCCCAUGCCCUUGCCAAGGACUCCCACUCCCUGUGAAUCUAGGGUUGUAGGAAAGAUUGCCUGCAGAUGCUCUGCCUUCCUGUUUGCUGUGUCGAAGAGACAGGAAUGAAUUGGCCUGUAGGUGCCCAGCUAGUGAUGUGGAAGUAUAGCACAC